CAUUAUUUAUGUUCUCAGUUCAUCAUUUCACUGUUAUCCUGCUCCAUAACCCAUCACUCCUUGCCUUGCCUGGCCUGUGUGCCUGGCACGCAGCGUUUUAAGUUCAAGUUCAAGUCUGCAUGCCCCGCACAAGCACAAUGAUAUUGAACAUUGUAGGCAGACAGCACUGAAACUGAAAGUGUCAGGGAGAGAAACCUUUAACCUAGGUCCGCCGUCCAAUCAGAGCCCGGAUGUUCCUCCCCGUCUCCCGUAUAUGCCAGCCGCAGUGGGAAUGCUGGAAUCAUUCUGUCACACUCGCACAUUUAAUCCCAAUGAACAGCACUGAGUGCUCUCACAGAUGUCCAAUGUGCAUGAGCUGAGUACACUUCCUUCCGUCCGCACAUUUCACGUUUGUUUCAUUAGCAAGCUUCGAGCAAGAGCUCUCCAGGUAGCAGAACCCACCAGCCAUGGACAGCGGUCGCAUCACCAGCGAUCCGGCGACAGCCAACUGUCGUAUCUAUGUGGGCGGCAUCAACCCCGAGAUGGACCCUGAACCGCUGGAGAAGUUCUUCAAAAAGUUCGGAGAGGUGAUCGCUAUGAAGGUGUACCGUGGGUACGGAUUUAUCCAGUUCAAGACAGAAGAGGAGGCCCAGGCGGCUCUCAAAGACGGAGCGAACAGAACCAUUAACGGCGUCAAUUGCGUCCUCAGGACUGCCGUCAAGAACUUCAAGUUCCAGUCGGGCUAUCCUAACGAAGACGAGUUCGACGGACCAUACGGCCCGAUGCGGGGCGGACCUCGCGGAGGGAUGCGCGGAGGUCCGCGCGGGUUCCGUGGUGGGUUCCGCGGCAGAGGCCGGCCGCCGAUGCCGCCGUUCCACGACGACGGUCCCCCGGACGCCAAGAGGCCGCGCGGGCCGCCCGGACGUGACUGGUCGCCCCCCGGCAGGGACGGACGCGGACCGCGCAGAUAUGACUAUGAAGAGGAGGAGGAGUACGGACGACGUGGUUACCGCGGCGGACCGCCCCCGUACGAGGAGGGCCGCGUAGCGCCGCCGCCGUAUCUCCGCGUCCGCUCCUCGGCCGUGGAGGAUGAGCGGGCCAACGACUGUGAGAUCGUCGUGCUGGACAGAAAGAACAGGCCGUACGCCGAGGAGGUGGAGGACCGGCUGAAGAACGUGGGACUGGCAGUGGACAUGCUGUUCCCGCGAGCCGGGGCGCCAAUUAAUCAGGUGCUGGACCAGAUAUCGUCUCGCGGCACGCUGUACGCCGUGGUGGUCCACCCGACCAACGAGCAACAUCGCUCCGUGUCUCUGAACAUCAUGCACGGAAACCCGCCGCAGGAGCACCGCAACAUGCCGCUGGAUGACGCCAUGAGCCUGGUGGCGCGCAACUUCGAGGCCUACAUGCUGUCCAACAAGGACAAGGCGCCGCCGCAGGGCAUCAUCAACCUGUUGAACUUUGUGCGCGAGAACCGGCCGCUCACCGCCGUCGAGUACAACCGACUCAUCAGGUAUCUGGAGGAGAAGCGCGACCAUCAGCUCAAACCCGAGAAGAGCAGUCUUAGCGCUCUGACGCCGUCCAUUGCCGCUAUGGCACCCAAGCCGGUGCCGGCCCCCGUGGUCUCGGUGGCCACUCCUAGCCAGCAGCAGAUCGACCUCCAGCAGAAGAUACUCAGCAUGAUGCAGGCCUACAAGACGCAGCAGCCCACCUCACUGCCGGUGGGCACGGCGCCCGUGACGGGCCCCGUGCCGGCGCCCGUGAUGGCGCCCCCUCCGGUUCAGUCCUGGACGACUACCGAUCCGUCCGCGGCCGCUGGAGCCGGCAUGUCCCGAGUGAAAAGUGCCAUCGACUCGCUGGUCACGAGCGGUCCGAAUUUGCUGAAAAUGGAGCAGGAUAAUCAGCAACAGCAGUAUGGCGCUGGGUAUGGGUAUAACGCCCAGGCCAGCAGCCUCGGCCAGGCCCCAACUAACCCGCUGUUUGGGGCGUACGCCAACCAGCGCUACUAGUGACAUCUAGUGUCGCUAAGGCGAACUGAUAGUUGCGCCGGGAGACGUCGGAAAAGGGGGUCGCGUCUGCGUAGGCUAUCGCGUUCUUUGUAUCUGAGUGGCGGCGACGGGGUAGUUCGAAAUUUGACCAUUUUGCUGUAUUUUUUGGAUUUUUGCGUUGUUUUUACAUCUUGGAUAGCCAUAGUAAACAUGCGUCCUUCGGCGUCAAGUUCAGGUUUCAAACGGCUACGCGUUUCAAGCGUCGCGUUUUAACUUUCCAUAUCCGACUUUGACUUUGUAGACGGCGUUAGCCUGCGAUUCAUCACCAAUAUGGGAACAUUUGUAAGCUGAUUUCUCGGGAUUUGAACAAUCACUUCGAGCUCGCUCUUUUGUGGGAACUUUGCUGCUGAUUUCAACGGGGCCUAUUUGGAGAGCGCUGCGUUGAUCUGUAUUUCGUUUGACGUUCGAGCGCGCUAUUUUGAUCUUUGGCGUCCGCGAACUGUCGAUGUUCUUUCGGUGUGUUCUCUAUUAAUGCCGAUAGCGGGGAUAGCCCGUAUCUUACGGUUGCGCACGGAUAGUUUGCGAAGGGAGCGCUAGAGCAUUUUAGCGUUUGUCUGGUUGAAAUUUGACGCGUUCUCGGUCGAUUUGUCGUUCAAGUGGGUUCGGAAUGCGCAUGAUUUGGCGUCGGCUACCACUUAAGGAGACGGGGCUGUUGCGAUUUGUUCUGUUAACCUUUUGUGAAUUUGAAUCUGCUGAAUUUUCUGCGAUUUUCGUAGUGCCAAUGUACGGCUCUGGCACGGACAGUUCACUAACUGCGCGCGCUCGCGAUGCGUUCUCGCCGGUUUUGUCGCAUUUAUUCGCACCUCUUGUCGGCUUCGCGUUCCGUUCUUGUCUGUCGAUUCGUUUCGCUCAUUUCGUUCGGCUUGCGUUUCGUUCUGCCGUAUUUCACGCGAUUAUAUCCGCCAUUUUCACCUACGACGACGCUCCGCCCGUCUCCCCUGCGCCCCCCCCCCCCCCCGCCUGCGUCCCUCGUGUCUCCGUGUCUCCGUCUGUGGUUACCCUCUCUCCCAUUCUUCCCGUUCGGUGUUGGUACCUCUCGCGUCCAUAUAAUCUGUCUGUCCAGUCCGGCCUCGUCUAUCGUUUGCUGCUCUCUCGCUGUGUGAGAUGCACGCAUACCAGUACAAUAAAUACACUUUGGUACGGAU